CUCACACACACACACGUGUGGGAUGCGCCUGUAACCCUGAGAGCUGCGACUGGAGCCGCCGUCUGUCAGCGAAGGAGCGGGAAAUCGCCUCAAGUCUGUGUGGUUCCCUCCGUCCUGAAGGCAAACCCCAUCGCUCGAAAAAGAGAAGGACUUUAUCUUUUUUCUUUUUCUUUGUGCGGAUUGAGGCCAUCGCUUUGGGGUGUGUGAAAAAGUUGCCUGAAGUAAAGUAAGAUGGUCGUUUUCAUCUGUAGCGAUUGUGGGGCAUCUGUAAAGAAGACUCAAGUGGAAAAACAUGUCAACAGUUGUCGGAACUGUACGUGUCUGUCAUGCAUUGACUGUGGCAAGGACUUUUGGGGAGAGGAUUACAAGACUCAUAUUAAAUGCAUUACUGAAGAUGAAAAGUAUGGUGGUAAGGGUUUUGAAGCCAAGGCCCAUAAAGGAGAUGUGAAACAACAAGAGUGGAUACAGAAAGUCCAUGAAGCUAUGGAUAACUCAAAAGUCAGUGCCAAAGUUCGUGAAAUUCUAGAGCAGAUCAGUUCUUAUGAUAACGUACCACGAAAAAAAGUCAAGUUUCAGAAUUGGAUGAAAAACAGUUUGAGGAUCCAGAAUCAGAUUCUGCAGGAGCAGGUGUGGGAGAUCUUCACUACUGCGAUCGCCAAAGAGCCAAGCAACCAGCAGCAGGCAGAGAAAUCCUCAGAGGACAGCCAAGCGACGUCGGAGGCAUUAGAAGUGAACCAGGGUGAAGCUUGUGCAGAAAACAACAAAGAGAAGAAAAAGAGCAAACGAGAGAAAAAAGAAGAGAGGCAAAAGAAAGGCAAAAAAGAAAAGAAAGACUUGAGCUUAAAAGAAGAUAAAAAUGGCAGAAAGCUAGAGGCAGAAUCCGAGGUGAAUAGUCUGGAAAGCAAGACGAAGAAAACAAACAAAAAGCAGCGGAUCAAAGGUAGAGACGGUGAAGUGGAACAGAAUGGUACCCAGACCAUUGAAUGUCACGCACAACAGGCGGGUAAAAGCUUGAAGAACAAAAAACGCAAACGUGACAAUCCCUCUGAAGAUGAGCCCAAAUCCAAACAGAAGAAAGCUGAAGUUACUGAAACUGAGGAAGUGAAGGAAAGUGAUGAAGAAAAGCAAGAAAAAUUCAACUGGAAAAAGACCAUCAGUUCUGUGCUACAGCAAUCUUCAGACCAAGAACUACCUGUUAAAAGACUAAGAAAGAAGGUAAUGUCCCAGUAUUAUGCCGUGUGUGGUAACAGUAACUUCAAGUCCGAGGAGCAACUCCUGGCAACCUUCAACAAGAAGAUAAGCAGUAAUCCCAAAUUUAGACUUUUGAAAGAUAAAGUGAAACUUGUACAGUAAAAUUUUAUACAACUAAACUGCUGUUGGACCUUAUGCUUGUUGAGAGGGUAAAAUAGCUGGACUGCAUGUUGAUGGAAAUUGCUCUCCUGUUUUCUGUCUGACUUUGGAUUUUAGGCAUUUUUUGAAAUCUGAUGAUAAAUUUGUACCAUUGAUUUAGGUAAUUUAACUGUACUUUACUGCGCUUCUGAGAUUCUCCAUGUUUAAAAACAAAUCCUAUUUUUACAUGUUUUGCAAGAGUUUGCCUCCUUUCCAACCUAGUAUUUCGAAUUUUUUAAAAACAUUUAUACAACAAAACAAUUUAGGAUCUGCAUGUAUAUUGUAACCAUUUGGACAAUUAUAUGUAUUAAAUUCAUAUUUUCAGAUUAAGAGAUUAAAAAUAUACUUUCCAAAUUAUAUAUAGUUUGAUCACUUGUGUUAGGUGAUUAAAAAUGCUAAAGUAAUACAUGGUUUGCAUUGGCCAGCAGUUGACUAAGGUUACUUGGGUUAAACAGUUAUUAUAGUCACAACAAUUCUUCCAGGACAGUUUACUUUGCUUGCAGUUUGAGAAAAUUUAAAUUAUAGAUUAUAUACUUACAAAUAUAUAGUCAUUGAACUUCACGGUAAAUUCUGAAGCUCUCUGAAAGAUGCUCUUGACAUGUUAAGGCGCUAUAACAAAUAUAAGGCGUGUUGUUCGUUGUUGUCUGGUGAUGCCAUUGUGGUGUCCACCACCUCCACCACUACAGUAAACAUUUAUUGUUUCCACCUUUUUGCAAAGCUCUGAUUUUCAACAAUACGAAGAUCUUCUAUCUCGCUGCAUUGGCCAAUAUGGGCCAUUAAACCAGAGGUUUGAAAAAGACAUUUUCCAGGAUUCCAGUCUUCCAGAAUAUGUGGCAAUCAGUUUGCGCCCAGCAAAGUCCGACAAACAGCCUUGAAGUCAAUGACCAAUUUUUUGGGGGGCAUUGUUGACCAAUGUAGGCUUAACGACUAGUUGUUGGCCACUGACUGCUCCACAAGAUUGUAUUGGAAAGAUGUCUGUUGCUGCUUGCAUCCCCUUUAUUUUUAAUCCUGAUGUGGAAUGAUCAAAAGAAUUGAUGAGAUCAAACCAGCAAUAUCACUGGAAGAUUUCUUACAAUAACAGUGAUUCGCUUUGAGGGAAAAUUGGGAGCUGUGGAGUGCUAUGUCUUAGAAAAUCUAAUAUGAAAUCUAAAUUUGCAAUGCAGCCUUUCCAAAAGAAACUGGUGGGUAGCUUUCCAAUAGUAGACAAUCAGAGCUAAAAUAUUUAGCUAUACCGUUACCACACACCAACCAGCACAAAAACUUUUGCACAGAAAAUAAAUUUAUGAGAGCAGACUUAAUGCACAAACUGCACUCGUGUGAAUGAGUUUUUAACAAGGGUCGUUUGUGAGUUUUACUGUUGGAUGAUUGAGCCAUUGUAAUUGAGACAAAAAAAAUCAUAAUCCUAAUAAUAUACUCACAGGAUUUACUGUAAAGUAUAAUGAUUGUUUAUUUGUAGGUUACUACAUUUUCACUUGUUUAAAUGUAACUUUCACUGUCAUUUACCAAAUAUUGCAAGAUAAAUUAUUACAUUCCAGGCAAAAAGAAGAAAUGCUGCGUUUCAGUAUGUGGAUUUGGGGAAUUUAAAAUAUUUGGAGGAGAAUAUGAGAGAGUUGUGAAACUGAUGUCCAGCAAAAUGUUUUGUUUUCCUCAUUGUUACCUUUUACUAUGUGCAUAAACACUGUUCAGAAUUUGUCUUCAUCCUUGUUUGAAAUGGGUUUGAAUAUAAUAAAGGAUAUUU